AUGGAAAUCAAUCCUGGAAAAUGCUCAAUAUUAACCUUCCAUCGUUCCAAGAAUCCAGACAUCUUCAUGUACAUACUCGGAGAGAACAGUAUUCCUAGAGUCACGUCCACAAAAGAUUUGGGGGUGAUAUUCAGCAGCGAUCUGAGUUUCGACGAGCAUAUAAACUCUAUAGUCAGCAAGGCUAACAGGCUGGUUGGUUUCAUCUCUCGUUCUACCAAAGGUAUGAAUAACCCAUCUGCAUUGAAAACUCUGUAUUGUGCAAUGGUGAGACAGUGUCUGGAGUAUGCUUCCCCGAUCUGGACUCCGUAUACAGUUGGUGGACGCACUCGUCUAGAAGCAAUCCAGGAAAGAUUUUUGAGGCUGGUGGGAGUGUGUCAGGGAUACCCCUAUCGGGAGGUGCCAACGGAUGUUCUGGCUGAGGAGCUGAAAAUCCGGCCAUUACACAUGAGGCGCAGCGUUGCUGAUGUUGGUCUCUUGUACAAGCUGCUAAGGGGCCAUAUAUGCUGUCCAGAGCUGCUAUUAGAAAUAGACAUCAGAAUCCCUACCAUAACAAGAUCCAGGGACCUAUUCGGCCGUCGCUUCAGAGGCACCACUUAUGACUUUCACAGUCCUCUGGCAAGAAUCCUCAGGCUGGGCAACAGAGUUGCUCGUGAUGUCGACUUCUUCGCCGACAGCUACACCCAUAAGGAGGACAACCGAAGCAACCCUGGUGGAGAUGGCUCUGAGGGUCCUCGCCCUGACCCUCAGGCUUCAUACUAG